ACGUUAAUCACUGACGGUAAUAGCACGUUUUCCCGCACCCGUUUUCAGACCCAGCAGCAGCAUAAUAACGUGGAUCAGUUAAACACACAGAACAAGGAAGCAGCGCGAGACGCUAGCUAGGCUAGCUGGCUAAUUCGUCCAAGCAAGCAAGUUAGGAGAGCCGGUCGUCAAGAAUACAGUUUUUUUCCGAGGCAACUGGAUAAUAGUGUAGACUGCAAUGAAGAGAGAGGUGAGAGCAGGUGUGGACUUCCUGAGACGUCUUGCCCAGGAGCGAGGUGGUGUGGAUGAGGCCAGAGCCAAGCAGUUUGCAGAGAAACUGCAAGAGUUACUUUGCGAGAAGUACGCCAAUCACUGGUACCCUGACAAUCCCAGCAAAGGGCAAGGUUUCAGGUGCAUCAGGAUGAACGGUGGGGCUCCCUGCGAUGAGUCUGUGCUGAAGGCAUGCAAGGACAGCAAGCUGAGGCCCUCUGAGCUGGGCCUGCCCCGUGAGAUCACGCUGUGGAUCGAUCCCCUGGAGGUGUGCGCUCGGUCGGGUGAGGGCUGUCGAUAUUUCACAGUGGCUCGUUUCAAAGGGCAGGAGGAGGAAGAGGAACCGGGAGACCAGGAGGGGCAGACAGUCACCACAGACUCAGGGAAUCAGGACACUUCCGACUAUCACUCUGCCAGUUCUUCUGACUGUGGAUCUGAAGUCUCCAGUGAUACUGAGGAGGAGCUGAAGGAGGGAGAGCUGGAGGAAGGAAAGAAAAAUGAGGAGAAAAAGGAGGCAGAGACAGAUGAGAGCAAACCCUUUGUGAUCGCCAUGAGACCAAGAAUUCGGGAGCCGAGAGAACCUCGCAAGAGCAAGAAAUCCCAGGCCCCCAAUCUCCAGUACUUCUACCAUCCGGCACCUGUGUGGCCCCAGUACAAGAAGAAGGGCCCUAUUUUUCUCACCACGGUAUGCCCCCCUCCCCCGACUCCAGUCCUGGGGUACUACGUCCUCCCCAAGCCGCCACCGCAGUUCAUUGUACCCCAGGCCACUCUGCAGCCUUGGGGGGCAGUGAAGGGCUAAGCUCUGGUAUGGGACAAGGAGGACAGACUGAUCCCGCCCUCACAAACUCUCUGCCAGUUGUCUGCAGGCUGUCACAACUUGUGAAGAGGUGAGGUGGACUGACACGGUGAAGGGGAAUUCCCUCAUGUUCAGAGGGAAUCAGCUGGUACGCCUGCCUUAGCACAUAGACAAUAUGCCAAUGUCCAGUUUUAAGUAGUGCAGUAGUUUUUUUUUUUUUUAACAAUAAUCAGUGCAGAAGUGCAACAGAUUAACAGACAAUCAGUCUUAUGUAGAACAGGAGCAAGUAUUUAGGUUGCUUGGUGGUUAAAUGCUGCGAUCUAAGGUUUUAAAGCUGUGCAUAGUUACUGAUACUGU